AUGAGCAACUCGAAAAGGAGGAUCGAAACGGACGUAAUGAAGCUGCUAAUGAGCGACCACGACGUGGAACUGAUCAACGACAACAUGCAGGAGUUCCACAUCAAAUUUCACGGGCCCAAAGACACACCUUACGAAGGAGGAGUGUGGCGACUGCAUGUUGAGCUCCCGGAUAAUUACCCUUACAAGUCGCCCAGUAUAGGGUUUGUAAACAAAAUAUACCACCCGAACAUCGAUUCGGCGUCUGGGUCGAUCUGUUUGGACGUGAUAAACUCCACUUGGAGUCCGCUGUACGAUUUGAUCAAUAUCGUUGAAUGGAUGAUUCCGGGACUGUUGAAAGAACCCAAUGGGUCGGAUCCACUCAAUAACGAGGCUGCAACGCUGCAAUUGAAGAACAAGGAGCUGUACGAUCAGAAAAUCCAUGAAUUCAUCGAAAAAUAUGCAACAGAAGACAGAUACCGGAGCUCGUUUGGAACGGGCAGCGACGAAGACGACGAAGACGAGGACGAAAUGGACGGGGACGACAACAACAGUCAGGACGAAGACAUGGAGGCGUCUGUCAAGCUGACUGGUGGCAACGGCGGCGACGACGACGAAUACAGUGACUCUGACAAUUUGAGCGAAGAACUUACCAACAUCCAGGUCAGCGACGACGACGACGACGACGACGGCGAAGGCGAAGCAGACGGUGACAACGACGAAAUCGACAUGUACCAGGACGACGACGACGACGACGACGAUGAUGAUGAUGAUGACGAAAUGUAA